GAAAAAAUGGCAGGGAAAGGUAGAGGCAUAGCAGCUUUUACCUUCAACGUAGAGGCUUUGGGCCUCACCAGAGGAUCCAUGCCUGAAACACAACGAGGGCCACAGCCAUUGUUUCCUCAAACUGAGUUUAAACCAGUGCCUCUAAAAGCCGGCGAGGACGAGGACUACAUGCUGGCUUUGAAACAAGAGAUCCGAGGAAGAAUGAAGGACCUGCCGUUCAACAUCAAGCCCUGCUCUGGCAAGAGUGAUGUUGAACGAUAUAAAGAAAAAUACAUAAGGGAUUGCCAGAACAUUGAGGAUGAAGAGUGGACGCCAGAUUGGAAUCGUCUUCCAAAGGAGCUGAUGCCCCAGAAGAAAAGAACAAGAAAGAAAACUGAUGUUAAGAAAUCUCAAAAGGUUUCAAGCAAGGACCAGGAGGCUCUGCUGUCAAAACUGGAUGCGCUUGAAAAGAAAGGUGACGUGAAAUCGGACGACGAGAAAGAGAAGGAGGAAAAGAAGGGUAAUCAAGUUGAUGAAGAAGAAGUUGAAGAUGAAGAGUAUGAUGAGGAGCUUGAGGAGGACAAUGACUACAUUGAAAACUACUUUGAGGAUGGAGACGACUUCGGAGCUGGCAGUGAUGACAACAUGGAUGAAGCCACAUACUGAUUCUUGUACAGAAGAAGAACUGAGUUUUUUUUUUUCUGCCAAACGGAAGGACCUGGUGAAAUAUUACUAGUGAAGCACUUGUCUCAGUUAUUUAUUUUGAUCAACAGAAAAACUAUAUUUGUAUGCUCUGUUACUAACAUUCAUAUUAA